UCCCUGCCCCUUCCCCACCCUGGAGGCCGGACCCACCGGUCCCAGAGCCGCCACCGGCCGCUUCUGCCUUUCAAUGGAGGACCGUCUGCUGGAGAUGAUGACCAAGGACGGCGGCGACCUGCCGGCGCCCCUGGAGGUGUCCACCGUGCCGGCCGUGGGGGACGUGAUCUCCGGGGAGUACAACGGCGGCGUGGAGGAGCUGAUGGAGAACCUGAAGGCCCAGCUGCAGGCCCUCUUCGAGGACGUGAGGGCCAUGCGGGGCGCCCUGGACGAGCAGGCUUCGCACAUCCAGGUGCUCUCGGACGACGUGUGCGCCAACCAGCGGGCCAUCGUCUCCAUGUGCCAGAUCAUGACCACGGCGCCCCGCCAGGGUGGGCCGGGCGUGGUCGGUGGCCCCGGCGCCCCCCAAGGGCCGGAGCACCCUUCGCCUGGGACCGGGGACGGCAGUUUACUGGGUCACGAUCCAGAGGAUGAAGAGGAGGAGGACGAAGAUGUUGACGACGACGACGACGACGAAGAUGAAGAAGAGGAGGAGGAGGAGGAAGAGGAGGAGGAGGAGAAGGAAGUGCCCGUGCCCGCCACACCCACCAGCCACCGAGAGCACCCAGAGAGCCCCGGUGCUGGUCUCCUUGGAGGGGAUGGGCCACUUGUGAAGUCCCUGGAUCUGUCUGACAUUACCCUGCUGCAGCUGGAGGGCGAGGCCUCCCUGUGAGGGGACUCCGCGGGGGCACCUUUCCCAGCUGGCUGUGGCUUUCCCAGUGCAUGACGCGAGGGGACUGAACUGCGGCGCGCAGCAUGCUUCCCUCCGCCUGCGGGCGUCCGCUCUCCGGGGUCAGGCAGAGAGAGACUCCCAAGGAACGAUCUGUUGGGAAAAGGACACUGGGAGCAGCAAGCACUCUUUCUGCCCCACCAAGCGAGCGGCAGCUACCGACGGAAAGGUGAGGUUCCGGGAGAGGAAGCACACAUCUCUGGACUCCCAUCUAUCCCCUGCCCUCCCCUUUACCCCAUCUCCGGCCAGCAGGAGAACCCCUGACUUGUGUAAAUAAAAAUUUGGUUUUUUUUCCUUCUAUUGUGAAAAAGGACUCAUGUAGGACAAUGGCAAAUAAUCUCUAAAGAUAUACCUAGAUAUUAAGGAAUUAGGGGUAUUCCGUUCUGGCAACGGACAGUACCCUUCUGCUGAAACCCAAGCUAUUCAGCGCUCUGCAGAAGCCUCUCCCCCUCACAGAUCUCUGCGGCGGCUGAUGGGUAAAGGAAGCGUGAGGAGGGAACCGCAGCCCUAGGAAGCCAGGGGACGGGGGUUCCAAGGACCCCUAGGCUGGGCGGAGCUGGUGGUGUAUGUGCAUGGGGACCUAUAGCUCGGCCUCUAGGAUUUUGCAUGCAGAGCCAACCUGCCGUGCCCCCGACUUCAUCUGGGAUUGCUUUUCUUCCUACGGGGUUUAGAGAACAAAGAGCCCGCUCACAGGCAGAGACUAGGGUGCCCAGUCGCAGCCCAGAUGUAGGGGACGUUUGAGGGACUCUUGCAGCCCAAAGCGCGCUCUCUCCCGGCUGCACCUGCUUGACCUGAGUUCCCUGUCCUGCCGGUGUAUCCCUGCCGCUGCUUCUGGUGUUGCCUCCAUGAAGUCUUGUGUGUGUGUGCCGUGUGUUCACUUGUGUAGUAGCGUGUGAGCCCUGAGGGCCAGGAUUUAGGGCUUUGGUGUUAGUUUCAGGGGGCUUCUACCCUUUUGUGAGUUCCAAGCUAUCAUGGCGCUUCCUCCUCCCCCGCCACCCCCACCAGGGCAUGGAGCAUGUGGCUGUCCUGAGGGUCCUGAACUGAUGUGCCUCCCUCCCGACUCUUCAAGUGGUGACUUUGUGUGCCCCCCCCCUUCCUUUGUGUACCCCUUCUCAAUGCUUUCCUUGGUGUUAACCUGAAUAAAGAGGUGUCAUCUCC